AUGGAAAUUUUAUAUUUUAUUGAAAAUUUAUUUUUAUUAUUUAUUGUUUAUGCUUUAAUUACUUAUAUUUCAUCUCUUGUUGCUUUAAUACAUGGUGUUAGAUAUAGAUUAAUUAAUGAUAAAUUACAAUCAAUUGAUGAUUUAGAUAAUGAACAAUUAGAAUUAUCAAUUAAUAAUGACAAAAUGUCAAAUUCAAAUCAAGAAGAAUUACAACAAAAUGAACAAGAUUUAAAUAAUUUAAAUAUUAUUGAUCAAUCAAAUUUAGAAAUAAUUCAAGUCAAUGAAGAAUAUAAUCCUAAUUAUAAUAAUAAUUUAAAUAAUAAUACAAAUCAGGAAUUUGAAUUACAAAAUAAUAAUUUAAAUAAUAUUGUAACAAAUUCUGCAAUUUCAAUGACACCUACUACUGUAUCAACACCUGUUUUAGGUGAAACUAUACAUUUAAAUAAUAAUAAUAAUAAUAAUAAUACUAAUAUGGAAAGUGAAAAUCCAUUAACUAAACAACUUGUAUUAACAUCAUUUUUUUAUGGAAGUUGUAUUUGUUUAAAUGAAUUUGAAUUUUCAACAACAUUUACCAGAUAUGUAAAUUCCAAAGAAGGAAAGAAUAUUUGUAAUUCUGAUAAUAUUUGUAGUUUAACUUUAUUAUUAAAUGAAAAACCACAAAAUGAAUUUAUUAUUAAAUUUUUUACUCAAUCUAGACCUAUUUUAUCAUUUAUAGUAAUUAAUAAUACAAAUAUGGUAAAUGAAACAAUUAAUUGUAAUUUUCAAGAUUUAAAUGAAAUUGAAACUGAAUUAGUAUCAAGAUAUGUACAUACUUGUAUUUUAACAAAUUUAAAUGAAAAUACUAUUUAUAAUUUUAAAGUUGGAAUGAUUACUAUAAAUGGAAGUGAACCAAUUUAUUCAAAUUUAAAACAAUUUAAAACAUUUUCAAAUAAUAUAAAUAAUAAUAAUUUAAAUUUUAUUCAAUCAUCUGAAUUUGGAUAUAAUGAUAAUGCAUUUAAUUUACUAAAAUUAGCAAUUACUAAAUAUAAUCCUAAAUUUAUUGCCAUAUCUGGUAAUUUAGUAUUUGAUAAUGGAUUUUUAACAUGUUAUACAAGAUGGGUUAAAUUUUUAGAAAGAUAUAGUUCAAUUGCAAUUGAUUCAAAUUCUAAUUUAAUUCCAUUAUUAACUACAAUUGGAAAUUAUGAAGCACUUUUUUGGAAAUUUAAAGCUAAUUAU